UAUUAUUGACUACUUUAGGUGGGAUACUGAUUUUUUAUAUAAAAGAUUCAAACGCUUUAAAACUUUAAACGGCAAUUGGUUUAUAAUUGUUCAUUAAAAUAUAAUUAAAUUUUUUUCUUAAGGUAUAGAAAAAUGAAAUUAGAACAAGAAUAUAAAAAGUCUGUAGCUAUUAUCGGUUGUGGAGCUUCCGGAUUACCAGCUUUAAAACAUUUUUCUGAAGACCCUUUGUUUAAUUGUGUUGCAUUUGAGCAGGCUGAUAAUGUGGGUGGCACUUGGGUUUAUACAGACCAAAUUGGAACUGAUAAAUAUGGUCUUCCUGUUCAUUCAAGCAUGUAUAAAAGUUUGAGAACAAAUUUACCAAAAGAAAUUAUGGAAUUACCAGGAUUUCCCCAUAAAGGUCCAGAAGACAAGUCUUAUGUCACUGCUAAUGAUAUGCUUAAAUAUUUAGAAGAUUAUGCUGAACAUUUUGGUUUAAUCAAGUUCAUUAAGUUCCAUCAUCAUAUCAAAGAAGUGUCUCCAUUAGAAGGCGACCGUUGGCAAGUUACUAUUAUUGACUUAAAAACAAAACUAAAGGCAACUAUGUUAUUUGAUGGAGUAAUUGUUUGUGUUGGAAAUUAUAGCAAUCCAGUAAUACCUAACAUACCUGGUAUAGAAAAUUUCCAAGGUUUGAAAAUUCAUAGUCAUGAUUAUAGAGAUUCUUUGAUUUUUAAGGAUAAAAAAACAUUAGUUAUUGGAUGUGGACCAUCAGGGCUAGAUAUUUCAUUUGACAUUGCAAAAACAGCAUCUAAAGUAGUUUACUUGAGUCAUCACAACAAAAAAAUUAAAAAUAUGAAAUGUCCUCCUAAUAUGAAUCAAAAAGUUGAUGUAAAAAAAAUUUUAAAUAAUGGAGUUUUAUUUGAAGAUGAUUCAUUUGAAACAGUGGAUUCAAUAUUAUAUUGUACAGGAUAUACUUACAAAUAUCCAUUUUUAAGUCCCGAGUGUGGCAUCAGAGUGGAAAAUAACAAUGUCAAGAUACUUUUUAAACACAUAGUUAACAUUGAGCAUCCCACUAUGUUCUUCAUUGGAAUACCUACAUAUACCACUGGUUUUUGCAUGUAUGACUUACAGGUACGAUUUGCUAAAAAAAUCUUAUCUGGAACUAAACAAUUACCCAAAAAAAAAGAAAUGUUAAAAGAUACUCACCGUGAUGUUGAGUCGAGGAUGGCAAGUGGAUUGCGACAAAAAGAACUCCAUAUGAUGUAUCACAGGUCAAUGGAGUACUUUCAGUCCUUGGCAAUUUUUGCAGAUUUAGAACCGAUACCUCCAGUGAUUCUUCAAAUUUUCUUUGAUGGAUUUGAUAGGUUUAUGUGCGAUUUUUCUCAUUUUAGAGAAGACAAGUACAAAUUAUUAGACAAUGAACACUAUAUGGUACAGUUUCCAAAUGAAGUUCAACCAAUCAUGAGAAAACAAGAAAUAAUUCUAUGAAUAAACUUUAAAAAUUGUUAUAUAAUGUACAGAAAGUAUUUUAUGUUUAUAUAAGGGAAUGGUAAUAUUUUUUUUAUUUUACAAGCAUUUUCUAAAAUUUAUUAAAACAAUUUUUUUAUAUUA